AUGUGGUGUGAUACCUUUGACCAUCAUCUCCGUCAUACCCGAUAUCAUCCAGGUGAGUGGUGGUCCACCGUUCCAUUUCUUCAUCAAAAUGAGCGUCAACUAACAUCAAAGCACCAUGCGGACGUCAUUGUACGUGCGGAACACGAGGUAUUCUUAGCUACCAACUACUGGGAAGCUUCCGGAGCAGCACACACAAUAGUAUCUGCCAUCCGAGAAUUAUCUCGUAGAGUCGUCGAAGCUGAUCGCCCCAAAGUCAUCUUCAAGCUCAUGUACGAUCGUGGAACUCCAUCACAAGUUCUGGAACCUCAUCAAUUGGUUGAUCCAAAAACUUACACUGGUGAUAAAGUCAAACUUCCUCAUCCUGAUGAGAUCCCAGGUGUUUUGCUAGAAGUACAAAAUUAUCAUAAACCUCCUGUCGGUACAUUCCACGCCAAGUAUAUGGUAGUGGAUCGUAAAGUUGCCAUUCUCAACUCUAACAAUAUCCAAGAUCGAGUGAAUGUAGAGAUGAUGACACAUAUCGAAGGACCAAUAGUACAAGCUUUCUACGAUAUGGCUCUUUUAUCUUGGUGGACAGCAUUCCAACCUCCCCUUCCUCUUCUUGCGCAUACUCCCCUAUAUCCCGCCAAUUCUGCGGAUGGAAAGUAUAAAUUUGGAGAUGAACAUCCGGUUUUGGAAAGUAAAGGGGAUUUGGAAACUUCAGCUUCGAAAGCUCGUGAAACUUUGGCUGAACAUCAUGCGUUUGCUGUAGGAGGACAACAGGCGGAUGGAAAGGAAGAUGAAUUUGAUCCGACUAACGACGAUGAAGCGGAUAGGAUCGACAGACGAUUUGAUACUUCUGAUGCUGUCAACAAACAUUUGAGUGGAUUACUCGUCCGAACUAACGACUCAGACACUGGUAGUAAGAUCGACGCCACGGAUACCGACCCACCUCCCAAUAGCAAAGCUUUCAAACCUAUUAUUCUCAUGCCGCCACAUGAUCCGGUCCCUAUGGCCCUCGUCAACCGACCUCCUCGAGGACGCCCGGGACAUAGCGAUACCUUGGUACCUCAAGAUCAAGCCUGGCUCGCUGGGUUCAAAUUUGCCAAACAUAGCGUUUUCAUUCAGACUCCAACGUUCAAUGCGACGCCUGUAGUGGAAGCCGCUUUGGACGCAUGUAGGAGAGGUGUGAUUGUGGAAAUCUACGCUGAUUUGGGGUUCAACGAUGAGGGUGAACUACUACCUUAUCAAGGAGGUACCAACGAGAUGGUAGCAAGUGCCAUGUAUUCUAGAUUGAAAAAAGAACAUAAAGACAAUCUGAGGAUAUAUUGGUAUACUGGUAAAGAUCAGAAAACUCCUUUGAACGCUAGUCACAAGAGUCGGAAUUGUCAUGUGAAGUUGAUGAUCGUAGAUGAACAAAUAGCCAUUCAAGGAAAUGGUAAUCAAGAUACUCAAUCAUGGUAUCAUUCACAAGAAAUAAACGUUUUAUUAGAUUCUCCUUUGAUCUGUCAAACUUGGAGAGAAGCUAUCGAUUCUAAUCAAAAUACUUUAUUCUACGGUAGAGUAAGUGUAGAAGAUGGGGUUUGGUAUGAUUCAAAAGGUGAGAAAUUACCAGAUUGGAAACCACCUCCUAAAGGUGUUUUCAAGAGUUUGAAAGGUGUUAAAGGUGCUAUUGAUCGUGUGAGAGGUGAAGGGGGAUUCUAG